AUGGCGGCCGCUCCCGGGCGCCGCCUGGCCCUCGCGGCGCUCGCGCUCCUCUCGCUGUGGGCGCCGUCGCUCGCCGCGUCGUCGCCGCCGCGGCGCCGCAGCGUCGCCGUGCUGGCCGACGACACGUACCCCGGCUACGGCGUGAAGCAGUUCGCGGCGCAGCCCGGCGCCUCCUACCGCCUGCUCGACACGGGCUUCUCGCAGUUCUUCGCGGUCGUGAGCGGCGGCCUGCUGAUGACGACGGCCGACCUGCACCCGCUGGUGGGCCGGCCCGUGUCGCUGGCCGUGCUCGAGGACGCGGGCAACCGCUCGAGCACGCACUCGCUGCAGCUGCUGGUGCUGGACCGGCGCGACAUGCUGCGCUUCCGCGAGGCGGCCGCGCCGGCGCGGGUGCGCGAGAACGCGCCGCCGGGCUCCGGCGUCGCCCACCUGGCGCUGGCGGGCGGCGCGGGUGGCCGCGUGCGAUACGCCAUCGUGGCCGGCGACCCCGGCGGCGACUUCCGGCUGGCGGCGGCCAACGCGACCGGCGUCGCCGUCGAGACGGCGCGGCCGCUCGACCGCGAGAAGACGCCGGCGUACAACCUGACGGUGGAGGCGGCGGACGGCCGCGGCGCCGACAGGGCCGUCACCACGCUGCCCGUGGAGGUGCUCGACGAGAACGACAACAGCCCCGUGUUCUCCAGCAAGGUGUACCGCUUCUCCGUGGACGUGGGCGGCCGCGCCUCCGACCGCUUCCGGACGGUCGGCAAGGUGGCGGCGACCGACGCGGACGGCGACCGCGUGGCGUACCGGCUGGCGGCGCCCAGCGGACUGGUCGUGGUCGUGCCGCAGACGGGGGAGCUGCUGCUCGCCGAGGAACCGCCCGAGGAGGACGUCGAGUACGAGAUCGCGGUCGAGGCGCACGACCUGCGGUCGCCCAGCCGCACCUCGCAGGCUCCGGCGCAGGUCUGGCUCCAGUUCAACGGGCCCGCCGACGACGACGGCGCGAACGAGGUGGCCUCCGAGGAGUGGUCGGAGCCGUCGCGCGCCCGCGUCCACCGCAUCGCCAAGCGGCGGGUGACGCGCGCCGUGCGGCCCACCAAGCGCAUCGAGUUCACCGAGGCGGACGGCGGCACCGAGGGGCGCGCAGUCUUCACCCUGGAGAAGGAGACCGAGCGGGAGACCUUCAAGAUCCGCGACGAGAACCCUUGGGUCACUGUCGAGCCCAACGGCGCCGUACGCGUCAAGAAGAAGUGGGACUACGAGGAGCUCGGCCCGGAGAAGACCAUCGACUUCUGGGUCACCAUCACCAACGCCGGAGGAGGAGGAGGAGUGAAAUACACGGACAACCAGCGGGUGAUCAUCCACGUGAAAGACGUGAACGACGAGCCGCCCUACUUCAUCAACCGUCCGCUGCCGAUGCAGGCGGUGGUGCAGCUGAACGCGCCGCCAAACACACCAGUCUUCACGCUGCAGGCGCGAGACCCGGACACCGACCACAACAUCCACUACUUCAUCGUCCGCGACCGCACUGGUGGAAGAUUUGAGGUGGAUGAGCGCUCGGGUGUAGUUCGAACAAGAGGAACCGACCCUUUCCAGUUGGACAUGGAGUAUGUGCUGUACGUUAAAGCAGAAGAUCAGAAUGGGAGAGUGGAUGAGCGACACUUCCAGUCAACACCUGAGGAAAGGCUGUCCAUUGUUGGUGGCAAACGUGCUCCACAAUUCUACAUGCCAUCAUAUGAAGCUGAGAUCCCAGAAAACCAGAAGAAAGAUUCUGACAUAAUUUCUGUAAAAGCAAAGUCCUUUGCAGACCGUGAAAUUAGGUACACACUGAAAGCUCAGGGCCAGGGAGCAGGCACAUUUAACAUUGGCCCUACAUCAGGCAUUGUUAAGCUGGCAAAGGAAUUGGAUUUUGAAGAUCUGAGGCAGCCCCAUGUUUACUCUCUGAUUGUGACAGCCACAGAAGAUUCUGGUGGAUUUUCAACAUCUGUAGAGCUUACAAUUCGAGUUACUGACGUUAAUGAUAAUGCACCAAAGUUUGAGCUGCCAGAUUACCAGGCUCAUAAUGUUGAUGAAGAUAUACCAUUGGGAACAUCUAUAUUGAAAGUUAAAGCUACAGACUCAGACUCAGGAGCAAAUGCUGAAAUUGAAUACUUGGUGUCUGAUGAUCAUUUCAGUGUUGAUUCAAGUGGUAUUAUUACCAAUAAUAAACAGCUGGAUGCAGAUAAUAAUAAUGCAUACUAUGAAUUUGUUGUUACAGCUAAAGACAAAGGUGAGCCAUCAAAAACUGGAACAGCAACAGUUAGAAUCUACACAAAGAACAAAAAUGAUGAAGAACCAAAGUUUUCUCAGCAAGUCUACACCCCAAAUGUGGAUGAAAAUGCAGGACCAAAUACACUGGUCACAACAGUUGUAGCUUCAGAUAAGGAUGGUGACAACGUUCGGUUUGGUUUUGUUGGUGGUGGGACCUCAUCUGGACAGUUUGUGAUUGAGGAAAUAACAGGUGUAAUUCGAUUACACGGGAAUGAGAUAUCACUAGAUAGAGACAAAUAUGAGCUUAAUGUCACAGCGAUGGAUGAUGGAUCAUGCUGUGUUAAUGGUGAUAGCACAAUUCAUACGAGCACAGCAGUAGUUGUUGUUUUUAUAACAGAUGUCAAUGAUAACAAACCAGUAUUCAAAGACUGUGGUACAUAUGCACCAAAAGUAGAGGAAGGAGCUCCUAAUGGAAGUCCUGUUAUAAAGGUACAUGCAACAGAUGAGGAUAAGGGUGUCAAUGGGCAAGUGAAGUACUCAAUUGUUCAACAGCCAAACCAGAAAGGUACAAAAUUUACUGUUGAUGAAGAAACUGGAGAAGUAUCUACAAAUAAGGUGUUUGACCGUGAAGGCGAUGAUGGAAAAUUUGUAUCUGUAACAGUAAAGGCAACAGAUCAAGGUGAACCUUCACUGGAAGGUGUCUGCUCAUUCACAGUUGAAAUCACUGAUGUUAAUGACAAUCCACCUUUGUUUGACAGACAGAAAUACAUUGAAAAUGUCAAGCAAGAUGCAAGCAUUGGUACCAACAUUUUACGUGUCUCAGCUUCUGAUGAAGAUGCUGACAAUAAUGGUGCUAUUGUUUAUUCCCUGAGUGCUCCAUAUAACCCGUCAGACUUGGAAUAUUUUGAGAUUCAACAAGAGUCUGGCUGGAUUGUUCUGAGGAAGCCUUUGGAUCGAGAGACAUACAAGUUGGAGGCCAUGGCUCAAGAUAAAGGAUACCCUCCCUUGUCCCGAACCGUCGAAGUCCAAAUAGAUGUUGUGGACCGUGCAAACAAUCCUCCAGUGUGGGACCAUGUUCAGUAUGGGCCCAUCUACAUUAAAGAAAACAUGCCAGUUGGUGCAAAAGUUGUGUCCGUUAAAGCCAGCUCAGGCAUAGAUGGAAAUCCAACUGUAUUCUAUCGUUUAAUGCCUGGAUCUACAGCUCAAACAAAUAAGUAUCAUACGUUCUACCUACAGCAAAGAACUGAUAAUGGAUUUACUUGGGCAGAUAUAAAAGUAAAUCAUCCACUUGAUUAUGAAUCAAUUAAGGAGUACAAUCUCACCAUACGAGUUGAGAAUAAUGGAGCUCAACAACUAGCAUCAGAGGCUACAGUCUAUAUCAUGCUAGAAGAUGUAAAUGACGAAAUUCCUUUAUUUACUGAGAGAGAGCAAGAAACUGUACUUGAAGGAGAACCUAUUGGAACAAAGGUCACUCAGGUCAAUGCGAUUGACAAAGAUGGGACUUUUCCUAAUAACCAGGUGUACUACUACGUCGUGGACUCGCCCAGGAACGAAGGCAAGGGUUUCUUCGAGAUCAACGAGCAGUCUGGAGAGGUGUUCACCAAAGUGGUGUUCGACCGCGAGAAGCAGGGCGCCUACGCGUUGGAGGUGGAGGCUCGAGACGGUGCGCCCUCGGCUCGUCCCAACAGCAACGGACAGCCCAACUCUGGUAAGUCUAGCUGUGUGACAUAUGGGGUGACAGCUGAGAAGGUAAGAUGUGCUGUUUCAUUAACUUGAAGCGCUUCUAUAUUAGAGCAUUUUUGGAUGCAUUUUUUCAUCAGUUUGUAUCGUUGCGACUUAUUGCGCCAUACAUGAACAG